GCUCAGAGCAUCGGCAUCACCUCCACCGUUUCUCCCUUUUCUCUCUUCUUCUCUCUUAAACUUCGCUUCAACCAGACACUCCCAAUGAGAGCUGUGGCGUUUCUUUUGCUACUAUUGUGCGCCACCUGCCACAUUGCCUUAUCCUUCACCGACGGGCUAUUACCGAAUGGGAACUUCGAGCUGGGGCCGAAGCCAUCGGACAUGAAGGGAACGGAGGUGAUAGGCCCGCACGCCAUACCGGAAUGGGAAACAUCGGGUUUCAUCGAGUACAUAAAAGCAGGACAAAAACAAGGCGACAUGUUGCUGGUCGUCCCUGAAGGAGCCUUCGCAGUCAGGCUGGGGAACGAGGCUUCCAUAAAACAGAGAGUGAAGGUGAUCAAGGGAAUGUACUAUUCCAUUACCUUUAGUGCCGCCAGAACCUGCGCCCAGGAGGAGCGCUUGAACAUAUCAGUGGCGCCCGACUGGGGAGUCCUGCCUAUGCAAACUCUGUACAGCAGCAACGGCUGGGACUCCUACGCCUGGGCGUUCCAGGCUGAUUACGAUGUGAUCGAGAUCGUCAUACAUAACCCAGGAGUAGAGGAGGAUCCAGCUUGUGGACCGCUGAUCGAUUCCGUUGCUUUCAGGGCUCUGUAUCCUCCCAGACCUUCCAGCAAGAACCUACUGAAAAAUGGUGGGUUUGAAGAGGGCCCAUAUGUGUUCCCCAACACAUCCUGGGGAGUUCUCAUCCCACCCAACAUUGAAGAUGAUCACUCUCCGCUCCCUGGUUGGAUGGUGGAGUCCCUCAAAGCCGUCAAGUACAUCGACUCCGACCACUUCUCCGUGCCGCAGGAGAAACGUGCGGUGGAGCUGGUGGCCGGAAAAGAGAGUGCCAUAGCCCAAGUAGCCAGAACCAUCCCUGGCAAAACAUAUGCGCUCUCAUUCUCAGUAGGAGAUGCCAGCAACUCCUGUGAAGGGUCCAUGGUGGUGGAGGCCUUCGCCGGCAGGGACACCAUCAAGGUGCCAUAUGAAUCAAAGGGCAAAGGAGGCUUCAAGCGGGCUGUUCUCCGUUUUGUAGCGGUAUCCAACCGAACCCGAAUCAUGUUCCUGAGCACAUUCUAUACCAUGAGGAGUGAUGACUAUGCCUCCCUCUGUGGACCUGUUCUUGACGAUGUGAAGCUGCUCAGCCUCCGCACUCCUCCUAGGCACAUCUAAGCCGGCGGCCAGUGUUGAUGCAAAUUAAAAGGGUGGUUUCUGUUUUGAAGCUCUGCAACUCUGCAGAAACAUCAGUUAUACUAGAAGUAUUUUUGCUAUAUGAGAAAGCGAGGUGCACUAGCUUGAGUUCUACUACAAUCUGGAAAAAAUAAAUAAAAAAAAUAUAUAUAUAUAUAUAAAUACUAAUUAAUGUAACAAUAUAUAGUAUAUGGUAGGGUGUGAUUUUAUUAAGUGGUUGUGUACUUUUUUAGAAAAAUAAAUGACAAAAAAAGGGAAAAAAAAAAGAAAAAGAAAAAUUAAAGUUGUUCGUGAUUUUAAGAUCAUAUGUUUGUGUCUGGGUUCAUAAUUGUACUGAUUUUCGAGGUUUGUUUUAAUUUGAGAUACUUAAACAUGGGCUUAGCCCAAUCAUGAAUGAGUCCCAUACAUGUACUCAAGUUUGAAUCAAGAAUCUAUGGAUCCUACUUAAUCUA